AUGGAGGAAGAAAGCAAGCAGAGCCUACUACCAUCCUCGGAACCUAUCCGCGAACCGAGUCCCUCAGCCGCCCCAGACUCCAAAACCUCAACCCCUUCUGCCGUCACCUCUCAUCCAUCCAACCAUCUCGCAAAGGAAAUCAAAAUAUGGCUCCCUUCAGAAAACGCUCAGCCAGCUCCACGUCCAGUCCUUGGAGACGAGUAUUUUAUCCCUACCGCUGCCGAAGCUCAGAGGGCCUUCUCCGGACAAGUGGCUAGCAGGGAAAAACUAACGGACGCGCCAAUGCUCACCAAAUCGCUCAGAGAACGAGAACAGAAUCAAAAGAAAAACGAGAAACUGGCUCGGUUCCCAAUUACCCGGGUCAGAAUCAAAUUUGGAGAUCGCUCGAUGCUGGAAGGCUCAUUACCCAGCACAUGUAAAAUAUCAGAUGUUUAUCAGUUUGUCAAGGAAUCGCUACUGGAAGAUAAAUCCUCAUCAAUUCUUUCAUCCUUGGAAACUAAUGAUGUAUAUUUCUAUAUAACAGAUCAAACUCCCCCUCGGCGUGAAUUCCUGUUGACAGAUCCGAAGACUCGGUCGAGUAAUCUGCUGGAUCUUCAACUGGCACCGUCUUCUCUCUUGCUGAUUAAAUUCACCGAUGAAACUUACAACCAUUCAACCAAGCCGCCGCCGCUAAUACUGGAAUUACUGAGCGCAGCUCAGCCUCUACCCCCGCCGCCGACCUUUGAGGCUGAGAAAGGGAGCAAGCAGACAGGCAACACGCUUGAGAAGGGAAAACAGAAGGUCGACGAUGUUCUCAAGUCGGGUGCCAAAGUUCCCAAAUGGUUACAAAACCUCAAAAAGAAAUAG